UAAUAACAAAAAUUGCGCGUAAUGGAAGAUCAGCGUUCGAAGAAGAGAGCAGAUAUGUUCAUGGAGGUGACCAUCAAGGAUCCUAUCCGCAAGGCCGAAGCCUUUAUGGUAUCUCUACGUAAAUAAGCGCCACCAGGAACGGUCCUUUAAGAAGAGAGGAAUUUGGAAAAUUUAUGAGAAAACUAGUGGUGGACAUGCCCAGUUCUUUAGUUUCUCUGAAGUCAAGAACAAGCCUGAAUAUACUAAGUACCAGAUUCAAGAAAAUGAAAUUGAGGAAUUCCAUGACGAUGCGAAUCAUGCUGCCUCAAGAGCAGAAAUGGGCGACAAAACUAAAGUAAAUGGAGCUUUUAUAGACCUUUUCAGGGUAGUUGAUGGGGCUAAACUCGAAGAGGAACAAGACCAACGUGACUGCCUUUGUAUGCUGCUGAGAGUCCUCUGCGUGCUUAACAUCAGUAUAAGACAUUUGAAGCCACAAGAUGUGGAUGUGCAUAUACCAGAAAUUAUCGGGUAUAUUGAGAAGUUCAAUACAUUUCCUGGACAUCUCAAACAAGUUUUAGGUAUCCUUCUGGCGAUCUCAGCUUUCGACGUAAUUUGCAAGGACUUCUUCCAUGAAAAAUAUAAUUUUCUGUCAAUGAUGAAAGACUUCUUUGCUGAGCCUAGGGAACCAGAGACCAGCAUCAUUGCUCAUAUGUUACUGGGCAAUCUCAUUUGAGAAAAUAAAGAGAUGAGGGAUACUCUUCUUAGAGAGCAGUUUCUUGACCAUUUGUACUUUAUGUACUCUGAAGAAAACUUAUCAGACUCAGAUCUUGAUUGCAUGUCCUACAUCGUCAGAUGCUACUUUAGUCAUGAGGUUACUAGCAGUGAGUUCUAUCAGUAUUUCGAUAAACUUUUGCCAGUAUUUGAUGGACUCCUACAUAGCUACGAAAAUGACUGUAUAGAGAAUAUUUUGAGAUCAAGAUGAAUCUUAAUGCAGCAUCUUGACCCAACUUCAGGCUUCUAUCAAGAUUUGUGAUCUCAUGAGGUGUUGAAGAAAAUCCUUGAGAUUUUCAAGAAGACACAGACCUCUACGAAGACAUGCUUGGAGUAUUUUGCUAAAGCUUGUCGAGGUGGUGAUCAUAUUAUCGAAACGCUUAUAGACCUUGAUAUCUGAGACUCUCUUGCUGAUGUUCCUUUGUACGGCAAAGAUGAUGCUGAGAGUGCAUUUCUCAAUUGCAUAUUCGAACUCUCUCAGACAACUCCUAAAAAUAUGGCUAGUCUUUGUGAUGCAGAAGUCUUUACAAACGUGUGUGACUAUUUAAAAUCUGUCGAGAUUCAGAAGCAGCUAAAGGCACUGAGAAUAUUACUUUUGGCCAGUACCAAGCUAGAUACUUUGUCCAAUAACGAUCUGUUCCAUGAUUGAAAUCAGUACUUGCUGCAGGUCCUUGAUUUUAAUGGGAGUGAUCCCUCAGCAGUUGGGUUAACACUACAACUUCUUUUAGCAUUACUUGACAAUAGCUCAGAUAAUCUUAGCGACUCAAGAAGUCAAACGCGCCAACGUCAAUUAAGUGAGGCUGAAGAAAAGUUUGAUGAGAAUGGCGGAAUUACCAUCCUUGAGGACCUCCUCAACAGCGUGUCCCCUGAUGACCAAGAUAUCAUCGAUAAGAUCCUGGAUAGAUACUUUGUAGAAGGAAUAGAGAUUGAGGAACCACACACAGAUGAAGUUUCCCAUGAAAGAACCAUAUUUUUGAUUGAUCCUCACUCAGGAAUUAUUUUAUAAAGGAAGGUUCCAAUUUCAGUCUCUCA